AUGGGAUCCACUAUCGCUGCGAAGUCUAAGUGUCCCCCACCAGGGGUUUAUCCCCCAGUCAUUUCUCUUUACAAGCCGACCCCUCGCCAGGAAAUAGACCUAGAUGCGUCUUAUAAAUUCUUUCAACACUUGAUUCGCGGUGGAGUCCACGGGCUUGUCCUAGCCGGGACCAACGCUGAAGCUGUUUUGCUCUCUGCCGAGGAGCGUAAGGAGCUUGUUAAAGUCGCAAAAAAAGCUGCAUCGGACCUUGGCCGUCCGGAACUACCAGUCAUUGCUGGAAUUAGUGGGCAGUCUACAACCGAGUCGAUUCGUCUCGCGGAGGAUGCUUUGAGUGCCGGGGCUGAUUUUGGAUUAUUGCUUCCUCCGAGUUACUGGGUUAAGGCCGUCACCAAAGAUGUGAUCCUAAGCUUCUAUCGCGAUGUUGCAGAUGCGACUGAGCUCCCGCUCAUCGUUUAUAGUUUUCCCGCUAUGUGCAACGGCCUUGACUUGAAUUCUGACAUGUUAUCCGAGCUCGCCCAACAUCCAAACAUUGUCGCAGUGAAGUUGACUUGUGGAAAUGCUGGAAAGGUAACGAGACUCACACAAGAGUUCGAGCACAGUCAGUUCGGGGUUUAUGCUGGAUCUUCGGACUGGCUAAUUCCCUGCUUGGCGGGUGGAGGCAGUGGAUGUGUAACUGGAAUCGCCAAUAUCUUCCCAAAAAGCGUGGCUAGACUAUACGCGUUAUGGGAGGCUGGCGAUAUCAAAGAGGCCAAAAAGUUACAAGGAUUGGUGGCUCAGGCGGAAAAGGCAUGCAAGGAAGGUAUUGCACCAACCAAAUAUGCUGCCUUCCAUUUUGCCGGAGCGGCGGCUGGUUUGAGUGAUCCCAAGGCAUUUUGGCCUCGAAAGCCUUAUACUCCUUGUAGCGAUGAGAAGGCCGCCUGGGUGAAGAAAGUGAUGUCGCAUCUGGUGCAGCUGGAACAGAGCUUGCCUGAUGCUGUGUAA